AUGAGUGAAGGCGCGGCCGCUGCCUCGCCACCUGGUGCCGCUUCGGCAGCCGCCGCCUCGGCCGAAGAAGGUACCGCGGCGGCUGCGGCGGCGGCAGGCGGGGGCCUGGACAGUGGCGGCGGCGAAGGGGCUGUCGAACCCCCCCGGGAGUUACGCUGUAGCGACUGCAUCGUGUGGAACCGGCAGCAGACGUGGCUGUGCGUGGUACCUCUGUUCAUCGGCUUCAUCGGCCUGGGGCUCAGCCUCAUGCUUCUCAAAUGGAUCGUGGUGGGCUCCGUCAAAGAGUACGUGCCCACGGACCUGGUCGAUUCGAAGGGGAUGGGCCAGGACCCCUUCUUCCUCUCCAAGCCCAGUUCCUUCCCCAAGGCUAUGGAGACCACCACCACGACCACAUCGACUACUUCCCCUGCUACCCCUUCCGCCGCCGGCGCCGCCUCCUCCCGGACGCCCAACCGGAUUAGCACGCGCCUGACCACCAUCACUCGGGCUCCCACUCGCUUUCCAGGGCACCGGGUGCCCAUUCGGGCCAGCCCGCGCUCCACUACUGCACGGAACACUGCGGGCCCCCCGACGGUACUGUCCACGACAUCCCCCUUCUUCAGCAGCAGCACACCAAGCUCCCGCCCCCCGAUACCAGGAACCCCCAGUACCCAAGCAAUGCCCUCCUGGCCCACUGCGGCAUAUGCUACCUCCUCCUACCUUCACGACUCUACUCCCUCCUGGACCCUGUCUCCCUUCCAGGAUGCUGCCGCCUCCUCCUCUUCCUCCUCCUCUCCUUCCUCCUCCUCUACCACCACUACGCCAGAAACUAACACCAGCCCCAAAUUUCAUACAACAACAUAUUCUACAGAGCGCUCAGAGCACUUCAAACCCUGCCGAGACAAGGACCUUGCCUAUUGCCUCAAUGAUGGCGAGUGCUUUGUGAUCGAGACCUUGACCGGAUCACACAAACACUGUCGGUGCAAAGAAGGCUACCAAGGAGUUCGCUGUGAUCAAUUUCUACCAAAAACGGAUUCUAUUUUAUCAGAUCCAACAGACCACUUGGGAAUUGAAUUCAUGGAAAGUGAAGAAGUUUAUCAAAGACAGGUGCUGUCAAUUUCAUGUAUCAUCUUUGGAAUUGUCAUCGUGGGCAUGUUCUGUGCAGCAUUCUACUUCAAAAGCAAGAAACAAACAAAACAAAUCCAAGAGCAGCUGAAAGAAACACAAAAUGGUAAAAACUACAGUCUCAAAGCAUCCAGCACAAUCGCAAAGUCAGAGACCUUGGUGAAGAGCCAUGUCCAGUUGCAAAAUUAUUCCAAAGUGGAAAGGCAUCCUGUGACGGCAUUGGAGAAAAUGAUGGAGUCAAGUUUUGCUGGCCCCCAGUCCUUCCCAGAGAUACCUUCUCAUGACAGAGGAAGCCAGUCUGUCAAACACCACAGGAGUUUCUCCUCUUGCUGUAGCCCAGGGCAAAGGAAUGGGAUGCUACAUGUGAAUGCCUUCAGAAGGACACCCCCCUUACCCCAAAGUCGAAGUCGACUGGGUGGAAUCAUGGGACCAGCAUAUCAACAACUGGAAGAAUCAAGGAUCCCAGACCAGGAUGCAAUACCUUGCCAAGGGAUAGAGGUCAGGAAGAUUAUAUCCCACCUGCCUAUACAGCUGUGGUGUGUUGAAAGCUCCCUGGACUUAAAGUAUAAAUCCAAUGGUUUAAAAACCCAACAUAAUGCAUCAAUAAAUAUGCAACUGCCUUCAAGAGACACAAACCCCUAUUUUAAAAGUUUGGAUCAAAAGGACGUGAUGGGAUAUACAUCCACAAGGGCAAGUUCUGUGCCCAUCAUCCCUUCAGUGGGUCUAGAGGAAACCUGCAUGCAAAUGUCAGGGAUUUCUGAAGUCAAAAAAAGCAUCAAAUGGUGCAAAAACUCCUAUUCUGCUGACCUUGUCAAUGUUAGUAUUCCAGUCAGUGAUUGUCUUAUAGCUGAACAACAAGAAGUGAAAACAUUGCUAGAAACUGUCCAGGAGCAGAUUCGAAUUCUGACCGAUUCCAGGAGGUCAGAUGACUAUGAACUGACCAGCGUAGAGACUGAGGACAGGGCGAAUGAAAAUACAGCCUUUCUCCCCUUAAGUCCCACAGCUAAGUCAGAUCGAGAGGCACAAUAUGUCUUAAGAAAUGAAAUACAAAGAGACUCCACAUCAACCAAGUGA